CGGCGGCGCCAUCUUGCCGCGGCGCGGAUUGAAUGAGCCCGCCGGGCGGCCGCCGUCCCGAGCCGCGCAGGCCGCGAGCCGCCGCCAUGGCCACGCCGCUGCCCGGCCGCGCGGGGCCGGCCACGCCGCUGUCGCCCACGCGCCUGUCGCGGCUGCAGGAGAAGGAGGAGCUGCGCGAGCUCAACGACCGCCUGGCGCACUACAUCGACCGCGUCCGCGCGCUCGAGCUGGAGAACGACCGGCUGCUCGUCAAGAUCUCGGAGCGCGAGGAGGUGACCACGCGCGAGGUGAGCGGCAUCAAGAACCUGUACGAGUCGGAGCUGGCGGACGCCCGCCGGGUGCUGGACGAGACGGCCCGGGAGCGCGCCCGGCUGCAGAUCGACGUGGGCAAGCUGAGCGCCGAGCUGGAGGAGAUCAGCAAGAGCUCCAAGAAGCGGGAGGGCGAGCUGACGGCGGCGCAGGCGCGCGCCAAGGACCUGGAGGCCCUGUUCCACCGCAGCGAGGCCGAGCUGGCGGCCGCCCUCGGCGACAAGCGCGCGCUGGAGAGCGACGUGGCCGAGCUGCGGGCUCAGCUGGCCAAGGCGGAGGACGGCCACGCCGUGGCCAAGCAGCAGCUGGAGAAGGAGACGCUGAUGCGCGUGGACCUGGAGAACCGCUGCCAGAGCCUGCAGGAGGAGCUGGACUUCCGCCGCAGCGUCUUCGAGGAGGAGGUGCGGGAGACGCGGCGGCGGCACGAGCGGCGCCUGGUGGAGGUGGACAGCAGCCGGCAACAGGAGUACGACUUCAAGGUGGCGCAGGCCCUGGAGGAGCUGCGGGGCCAGCACGACGAGCAAGUGAGGCUGUACCGGCAGGAGCUGGAGCAGACGUACCAGGCCAAGCUGGAACAGGCCAAGCUGAGCUCGGACCAGAACGACAAGGCGGCCAGCGCGGCGCGCGAGGAGCUAAAGGAGGCGCGCAUGCGGCUCGAGUCGCUCAGCUACCAGCUCUCGGGCCUCCAGAAGCAGGCCAGCGCCUCUGAGGACCGCAUCCGUGAGCUGGAGGCGGCCAUGGCCGGCGAGCGGGACAAGUUCCGCAAGAUGCUGGACGCCAAGGAGCGGGAGAUGACGGAGCUGCGGGACGUGAUGCAGAAGCAGCUGGCCGAGUACCAGGAGCUGCUGGACGUGAAGCUGGCCCUGGACAUGGAGAUCAACGCCUACCGCAAGCUGCUGGAGGGCGAGGAGGAGAGGCUGAAGCUGUCCCCCAGCCCCUCGUCGCGGGUGACCAUCUCGCGGGCCACGUCGAGCAGCGGCGGCAGCGUGUCGGUGUCCAGCGGGCGCGGGGGCCGGGGCAAGCGGAAACGGCUGGAGGUGGAGUCGGCGUCCGGCUCGAGCAGCGGCCUGGGCUCGGCCAGCAGCAGCCCCGGCGCCGGCGGCUUCCAGGUGGCCCAGCAGGCCUCGGCGUCGGGCAGCGUCAGCAUCGACGAGCUGGACCUGGACGGCCGCUUCGUGCGGCUCAAGAACAGCUCGGACCAGGACCAGUCGCUGGGCAACUGGAGGAUCCGGCGGCAGGGGGCGGACGGCGAGGAGAUCGCCUACAAGUUCACACCCAAGUAUGUGCUGCGCGCCGGCCAGACCGUCACGGUGUGGGCAGCCGGGGCCGGGGUGGCCCACAGCCCCCCCUCGACGCUGGUAUGGAAGAGCCAGAGAAGCUGGGGUGCCGGCGAGAGCUUCCGGACUGUCCUGGUCAACGCCGAUGGGGAGGAAGUGGCCCAGCACACGGUGAAGCAGAGCUUGGUGGUGGCGCCGGAGGCCGAGAAUGGGGAGGAAGAAGAGGAGGGAGCCGAGUUUGGGGAGGAGGACCUCUUCCACCAGCAGGGAGACCCCAGGACCACCUCACGAGGCUGCCGUGUGAUGUGAACAGGCCGCCCGCCACUCGCCGUCCCCCAGAGCCACUGACACUAUUUUUCUACUCUUGGCUUCUCCUUAGUCCUUGAUACAUUUCUAGAGAAUUUUUAAGCGAACUGCCAGGAUUUGGGGGGCGGGGGGGUGUCUCUGCAUCAUUCGUACUGGGUGGGCCCCUGCAACCCCACAUCCGUCACUGCGGUCGAGGCGUGUGCUCUGGUGCCCCCGUUUUUUGAGACCCCGGGCCCCUGACUGCUAAAGGGGCAGUGAGCGGGGGGAGGGAUGGGAUAGGGGGGCUCCCUGCUCCCCAGGGAAGGGAAGGGGCCAGAGAGCCCCCCAGCUCCACAGACUCGAGGCAGACAGAGCAAGCGAGUGGGGUUUAGGGGUUGUUAGCAGCUUUUUUCUUAAGCUUUUGAAAAACCAAACUCAGAAUCCAGGUUCCCUGGAUUGGGGAGGGGGGGUAGGGGGGAGGGCAUGGUCAGGGGUACCCGCGCCCACCCCAGGGCAUUUUCGUGGUUCAGCCCACCGGAAACCAGAACGAGGUUUCAGAACAGGUGGGGGUUCCCCAGCCCUUCCCACAGACCCUGGGUGCCCUCCCAGCCCUUCCACCUUCUGGAACUUUCUGCCGCCGAUGUCUGCGGCCUGCCCCCUAGGGUCCCGGCGACAAUAUGACUUUCAGUCUGGGCAGCAGGUGAUGGCACGGAAGGGGCGCCCGGGUUACCACCCGGAAGCAGACGGCGGUGGCACCCCAUCCCUCUGCAGUGGGGCGGCUCCUCCCCGGCCCUCCCCUGGGAUGGGGGGGAGGACAGACUCCUGGGGAGCCCAGCACUCCCCGUUUUCCCACCGUGCCUUGUGCCGGGGCCGAGCACCCCCUCUUCCCCAGCACCCCAGUUCCACACAGCUCACUGUCUCCGCUUCCCGAGAUCUCGGCCAACCCUUCCACUCCCCCCUCUGCCCCCCUGCUUCCUGCCGGCCCCCCAUCCCCACCCCCUAUGUUAGCUCACCGUUUACACCUCUUCCCUGCCGAGAUACACAGAAGUUAUUUUUUUAAUGGAUAUUUAUUUUUUUACAUGGGUCAAUACAGAGAUGGCUGGGGACCCACUUUGGGGGAGUUCCCCUGCCAGCCUCCCCAACAUGGCGGGGCAGUCUCUGGGCCCCCUGUGACCCCCCCUCCCGCCCCCAUGGCAAACUCACUUCAGAAAGUGCAGCUCGAGUCUUAGUGACGCUAUACUGAGCCAGGAGGCAACGGCCAGAAUCCUCGGAUCGCCCAGGGGGACGUCACCCCCCCUCCGCCCUCCCCUCCUGCCUCCCCAGCUCUCCAGGGUUUGUUGGUUCUGAGGAGGGUCAAAGGGUUUCACCCCGAGCCCCCAAAGGGGCCAGUGGUGGAGGAAACUGCUGGGUUUAGAACCUUCUUCUAACUUUAGCCCCUAUAACCUUCCACAACCCCAGUGCUGGGUCCUUGGUGGAUUGAGGUCAGUUGGGGUUGGGGGGGAUGCUGUUACCCCAGAAGGAAGCAUCACCAAAGCAACACCUAGGAGGCACGGGCAGGUCUGUUCUGAGGCAGAGAGGAGCCGAAGAGCCUGUGGAAUGGGGCAGGGUCAGUCCCGCCGGCCCUAUGUGUUACUUCUGGGGGGUUUCUAGCCGCUUCCCCAGAGGGCUCGGGACAGCUGAUGGGUGGGUCUCGGGACAGCUGCACUCUUACCUGGUUAUGGCAUUUGGCCUGUAUUGGGGAGGGCUUAAAACUAUGUAUCUUGAAAUUGGGGUGUUCGGGGUCUUGGGGGGGAGUAACCAGCUAACCUUGGGUGGCAAGCAUGGCUCGGAGCCAGGUCCCCACCGCGGUGGGGUGUCCCUGGCAGAGGCUGCCACGUUCCCGCCCCGUCCCGUCCCGUGUCAGUCGGGGUGGAGCUGAGCAGUGUUUAAGGCACUGAGGCGCCUCAGCCCGUUCUGGGGAGCGGAAGCGGGCCUGGGAGGCCCGCCGGACAGUCAUUUGCAAUCACGGAUUUGGAAACAGCAUAAAUCACUGUUGCAACUGGGAGGGGGCCGGGGGGGGGCAACUAGGAGGACACACACAGCUGGCGCCGAGGACGCCCAGCUUCAAGCUGGCACCAUCCCUAGUGAGGAGGGCGGGCCUGCCUGAGGAGUGGGGUCCCUGAGCCGGCUGGGGUCUUGGCCGCCGCCGCCGUGUUCACCCGCAGAUGUUUUUGCCCACCCAGCCGCAAUCAUGUUUGUCUUCGCAUGUCCCCGUGGGCGCGCCGACCCCCGUUUCCUCUGGUCCCGAGUCACGGGCAAGGUCUUAGGUCGCCCCGAGUAGCCUGGGCAGAGUGUGCCAGGGUCGGCGGUCGGCGCGGGCGUCUAGUGCACACCUGUCGCGGAUUUUGCAUGCCAAAAUGGGUUAUUUUGGUUUUUUGUUUUUCCUCCAAUGAUUUGUAAUACGCAUUUUAUGACUGGAAUCUUUUGUUUUUGUACAACACGCCAAUAAAGAAAGUUUUGGUUUUAA